AGAGAGAGAGAGAAACUCCAGUGAUUUUAUGUGAGGGCGGAGAGAACUGUCUCUACUGUGAAGCUUCACAAAUGCCAGUAUAUCUUUAAUGAAUAUUUGAGGGAAAUAGAUAAAGAAGAAAAGGUACAGAAAGUGCACUGCUGGUGGGUUGUCAUUUGAAAAAAACACAGCAAAGGAAGAACAGCUUUAACAAGUACUAAGGUACUCCAUUCUUGUGUUGUUUUAAUGGCUCAGAUACAGUCAGAGAAAAACUGGAAGAAGAAGACUGAAGACAUAAAUACCAUAUAUAAUAUUACAGACAAGCUUGGGGCGGGAGCCUUCUCAGAAGUUCUGUUGGGUGAAAACCGAGCUACAAAGAAGCUUGUAGCAAUCAAGUGUCUUCCUAAGAAGGCAAUAAGAGGCAAGGAAGCUGUAGUGGAAAAUGAAAUAGCCAUUCUGAGACAAAUCAAGCAUGAGAACAUUGUGUCACUGGAAGAGAUCUAUGAAAAUCCGGACUACCUCUACCUUGUUAUGGAGCUGGUGACUGGAGGAGAAUUGUUUGACAAGAUCAUUGAGGAAGGAUCCUACACAGAGAAAGAUGCUAGCAAUCUAAUUCAGCAGGUUCUGGAUGCUGUCCACUACCUUCAUGAACUGGGCAUCGUACACAGGGACCUCAAGCCUGAAAACUUACUUUAUGAUACACCUUAUCAAGAUUCCAAGAUAGUGAUCUCAGAUUUUGGACUCUCAAAAUUUGAAGAUGAAGGGAUGCUAUUAACAGCCUGUGGAACUCCAGGAUAUGUUGCUCCAGAAAUCUUAGAGCAGAAGCCUUAUGGAAAAGCUGUGGACUGCUGGGCAAUAGGUGUCAUUGCCUACAUUCUGCUUUCUGGCUAUCCACCAUUUUAUGAUGAAAAUGAGUCAACCCUCUUCAAGCAAAUUCUGAAUGUUGAAUAUGAGUUUGACUCACCGUACUGGGAUGACAUCUCAGAAUCAGCAAAAGACUUCAUCAGGCACAUGCUUGAGAAAGAUCCAGAGAGACGGUACUCCUGCACGCAAGCUCUAGAACAUCCAUGGAUAGCAGGUGACACAGCCCUGGACAAGAAUAUUCAGAAGUCUGUUAGUGAGCAGAUUCAGAAGAACUUUGCCAAAAGCCAAUGGAGGCGUGCAAUUAAUGCUGCCAUAGCUGUUCACCACAUGUGUAAGAGAGGACUCAACAGUAAUGGUGGAGAUCUCCCAUAAGAAGAGCAAAUUUAGAAGUGAUGUCUCCACAAUCAUCACUAAAGAUGAAACAACUGCGAUGAGGCAUGUGCAGAUACAGCUUCCUAUCUCAGUACUGUGCACAACUUUGCUUCUUUUGAAUGUGCAUGUCUUUUUAUUGGAUUUAUUGGGAUUUUUCUAUCUGUGAAUCUUCCUCUAACUGAACACAAAUGUACAGAAAAACUUUGCCAAGCAUGAUGAAAACAGUGGAGUUGAGUUAUGGAGAUGUAUUCCUGUAAAUUACAUGAGAAUGGAAACAUUGUAAAGUGAGCUUUGUCUCAUUUCUCACAAUAUUCAUAACUAGUAAUAUUCUCUUUAAUGCUCCAAUGCAACAGUUUAUAUCAGUCUUAUCUUGCAAGUUUGUGGAAUUAUCCCAAACAGCCCAUUAUACCAGAGUAACCUGUAGUAUGUACAGUGCACAUCACCCAUCAAACAUCCGCAACAUUUAGCAUCAGACACUUGCUGUAUACUAAGUGGCAUAUGUUAUGCAAGAUUAUUGCAUGUCAGAUGAACAGAAGGGAUACACCAAAUGGCAGUAUUAUCUAAUGGUGAUGAUGUAUAGUAUUCACUGUUCUUGUGUUACACAUCUUCUAUAGUAGUAUGCUUCAGGAGGUAGGCCUCAUAUGUAAUCUGAACAGUAACAGCAGGUAUUUCACCUUUACAAGUCACAGGUGCAAGAGCUUUGCUUUAAAUGACAACUUUUAAGUCCCCUCCCUUAGAGUAAUUUCGAAACUUGUUACUGCUAGUUAAUCACCUGCAUGUAGCUGUAAGAAUAUUUUAGCACAAAUCUUUUGGGACUAACAGCCAAAUACAAGCGUGUGCUAGUAUAACUUAAUAAGGAAGACAUACAGCGUAAGGUGCGUUACUGCAGGACAGUAGCUGCCAACACAUUUUCUGCAGUAGCCCACUUGGACAGAUUUCUGGAAUGACUGUGUAUUCUGUCUUAAGUAAAAGAAUGACAGAGUUGAGACUACACUAUUGUGGACCACUAUACUAUGAUUAUUUAGAGAAACAUGUUCUCCAAAGGUCUUAAUGUUUUCUAAGUCUGUCCAUACAAAUAUCAACCAGAGAUACUUAUUCUGCAGAUGCAACCAAGCAGGCACCCACUUACAGAAUGGGUGCUAAUGCUUGCCAAUAGAGGUUUUGCAACCAUAAAAUAAUCGAAAACUAUACACAUCAUGAAGUCUAUCUGCCUAAAAUUAUCUUGGUUCCAAGUCUUAGAGAAAAAUAGGUUCAUAUGCAAGAAAAAUGUUCCUUCCUACCACUCUUAGUUCUAGUAAUCUGGUAAAUAACAAUGUUUAUUUCACUGAAGGAACACACUUUCUUUUCCAUUCAGUUAUAUUUUCAAACAUGAAAAAAAGAUAAUUUGCAAACUCCUGGGAGUAGAGGAACAGAGCCCUGACUAUCACACAGAUGACCUAGGUUUGUAAGGGUACUGGAAGAUGUUGCCAGCGGCAUAAAGAAAUUAUAGUGUUCACCUGCUCACAUCUUCCUGGUGGAAGGGCAAAGAAGGGAAGGGAAGGGAUGCAAAUCUCCAAGGUGUGCAUGUUUUCAGUGACUCCUGCGGGAGAUCAGAGACUUCUUAAGAGCCAUUAGCUUGUAAUGGGGUGAGGCUGCUUGUGUGUAUGUCUCUUACUGAACCUACCAAGUUCACAAAAACCACACUUUAGUUGAUUAAUGGCCAAAUGCAAGAAGUGAUUCAAGAUUAAGGUAAAGGAAAAUGGUUAGAUUGGUGUUUGUGAAUGGCGGAAAAACCUAAUGGUUAGCAGGUAUGGGAGGGGGGGGGAAGUGUAAUGCUCUUUCUGUGAUCUGAAGUUUGUUGUUGUUAGGGCCAAGCAAAAAAAUUCACACAGAACAGCAAAUACCAGUAGUUUGCAAAGGUGUAUGCAUACAAAAACAUGAAAUCUUCUAGUCAUGAACUGCAUGUGCAGUUCUGGAAAACAAUGGGUCACCACUGUGUACUAGAGUUUACAGUGGGGACUAAAGGGAAUCAUUAAGCUCGCAGGCUAUAAUUUUUUUGUCCAUUAUCUCUGUGACCAAAAGCUUGUCCCCCCACCCUUUCUGCUCAGUCCAUUAGCCCUUGCAUUCCUGCAGGACAUGAGAGUCCUAUAGCCAACUUAUUCCUCUUAAGUGAGAGAGCCAAGCAGCUGAGAGCAGAGUUGUCACAUAUCUGAGACUGGGUGGGGCAAUAGAUUUAAGGCCUUACCCCCUCUGUGUGUGUGCAGUACCUCUCUAGGGUUUUACAUGCAAUUGGCAUCAGCAAGGAAAUAUCACUGAAUUCCGCAAAUGAUGAAAACCCUCAAAACAACCUUGCUCCCCCCAUAGCCAGUGCUCCUAUGGGAUUUCUGAUCUCCACUGAGGAUUCUAUAAUAGUGCCAGUUCCUCAAUGGGACCAAAUACUGGGUCAUUUGUCCACUCUCUGUAACAACUGUUACAAACACAGUUGCACUGAUUUCCCUACAUGUAGUUGAUACAUCGCUCACUAAGUACUAACUGCUUAGUGCAGCUCUUUUCCCUGAAUGCAUUUGUUGUUAUCGUAAUAAAAUCACACUUUGUGUGCAUGCUGUACUCAUCAAAGCAGCAUGUUUUCCUUUCUCUGUGGAAUGUGAUCAUGCAGUUUGUAUACAUAAGUAAAUGGAGUCUGGAUGGGGAGCAAAGGGCUCAUAUGGGAGAUGCAGGGCACAACCCCGUGAAAAAAAAUGUUUUAUAUUGAGUAUGCUUUACUGAAUUGUGGAGGUGGGUUUUGAUCCUUCAACACCUACUAUUUUGCCACUGGUUGAUUUACAUUGUUUUUCACAGUGGAACCCAGUUGCACUAACAGUACCACACAUCCAUUGUGCAAAUGCAAAAUGAAAACAAAGGAAAUAGUUGAACAUCCAUUGCCGCACCUUAGAAAUACAGUGUAACUUUCUUCCACCAAAAAUGUGUGGCACUUGCAUAUAUAUUAUAUUUCAUUGAAAAGUAAGCUGCUUUCAGUAGAUGAUAGAACAAAGAAAGCCAAUAAACUGCUUUUCCAUUUGCAUACAUAUAGGCUAAUGUGAAGUCUGUAAUGGUCAUUGGCUUUUAUGAUAUCUACCCCUAUUGCUUCUUGCCUAGUCCCUGUUACUUCACAUGUCCCUGUCUUUUCAAAUAAAAAUGAAUUAACAUUUAUUAUUAUUAUUAUUAUUAUUAUUAUUAUUAUUAUUAUUAUUGAUAUUGCAAGUGUAGUUUCUGUUGCUGGUACCUAAAUGCACCAGUCACAAUUAACACAUGUUGCUGACACUUCUUGUUUUCCUAAUCCAUCUGAAAUUGCAAAAUGCUGGCUGGGCAAUGAAAGGUAUGAGUAUUUAUUUCCUUACACAAAUAAAAUACACAGGCUAAAUGAUUCUUUCCUUAUUCUCAGUGUUUAAUUUUCAGGCUACCCAUCACUUCACUUUCAUUCAUAACAAACAAUAGCCACCUAAACAUUUCUAUUAUUUAUUGUCAUAUACAGAAUCAUUGCUAGUAACUGAAAGUAGGAGAUUCAGGGUUGAUAUGAGGAAGAACGGUCCUAAUGUAAUUUCCUUUAGAAAGACAAAGCUAAACAAUGCAGGCAUUCUUGACUGAUCACCAUGAACUAAGGGUCUUGCAGGUCUCUCUCCUGCCUCACUUUCUGUUCCUUCUGCCUUCAGCCUAUGGUUGCCUUUUCUGGCUGUGGCCUUACAGGUAAAUAAAACAGACAAAUCUACCAGAUGUACAACAUAUCAACAGCAGUCAUGCAAAGUUGGUGUACUUCUAGUUUAAAGCAGCAGACUUAUUACCCUAUUCUACUGCUGAGUUACUCAAACAUUUAUUAUUCAUUAAUGAAAUAAAGGCCAUAUCACUAAUUAAUAUAAAAAUAAUGGCAAAACAUGCAAUGCAUUUGAUCUGAUGUCAAGAUUUCAUCAGUUAGUAUGUUAAAAGUUGCAUUGGUGUUAAUUAUAUAACACCGACUCUUUCAUUAAGCUCAAUUGAACAUUUAAACAGUGAUACAAAACAUGAAAACAGCAAAACAGGACAUUGUGCAUUCACUUAUAUUGUCACUUUGAAUAACACAGCAAAAAUGUACACUACAUUAAUGAGUUUCUUUGAAAAACAAGUCUUAUAAUAAAAAAUGUAAAAAAAAUUCUAAAUAAAGACAAAAUAUUUUUCAGCGCAACAUAGACUCUCUUGAAAAACCUUCCCCUACUAGGAGAUGAAAGAUUCCACCAAGGAAACCUUCAGUCUCCUGUGGAAGUCAAUGAAUCUGUGUUUAAACUGGAUCCAGUUUGUAUAUAUAUUGCAAACGGCAAAUAACUGGGACUUUACCCCAUGUGCAUCUGCUCCUAUUGAGAGACAGCCAGGUGGCACAAAAGUAGAUGCCUUUUUGGAACAUUGCAUAUUUUUGUUAAAAGUAAUUGAAUGUAUUUGUAUUGCUGUGUCUUUUAUGAAUGCACACAGUUUACUGACAUAUUUUUGUGUAUUAUUUAUAGCUUUCCACUUGAGCUGGCUCUUAAGGCUUAUGGUUUCAUUUCAUGUGACUGCAUGCCUCACUAUAUCAGCUGCACUAGUUUCAGAUUUUGCUAAUAAACAUGCAAAGUUUAUUAUGUAGAGAAAAAUAAAAAAACUGAAGGAAGGAUUUUGUGAAAUUAUUUCUGAACUUUCAAAAAUGAUAGCUAAUGUAUUACACAGACAUUUAAUAGAUAAAUAUGUGAGUCAUCAUGAGCUCUGUUUUAUGGUUACUCAGCUAGUAUGUAUCUCUAACAGGGGUGGAAACAUUACAUUACAAACAGACUUGUUCGGGUAUGGAAGAUUACACAUCUUAUUGCAGAACAAUUGUCAGGGCUGAUUGGAAAUUAUUAUCUAAAAAUCAUUUCAAAGAAAAGGCAAUUGGGAAAAUGAAUACGUUUCUGCAUAUUAAAUAUUGUUUUAUCUGAAACCCACUAUAUUAAGAUGUAUUUUAUCAACUUUAUAUUUUUAAAUAUGCUUCACUUUAAUUGUGUUGUCACAUGGGCUUUGUCUAUCUAUAAAUUCAUUUGUUGUUUUAGUUUGAUUUUAAAUAUUUGAAGUGUUUGUAGCAUGAAAACGUAUGAUGUUUAUGUUAUUUGAAUAAACUGCUUUUUCACGUUUACCAAA